AUGGCCAAUCUCAACAGCCUGAUCACCAUUAUCAUGAGCGUCGCCACCUUCUUCCAGACCAAGGUAGCUCUCAUCAUUCCUGUCUGGAGUCAGAGACUCCUUGCCGCUCCCGAUUCUUGUCAUCAAGACCCAUCUUUUGUGCUGGACCUCCCCAUUAACGAGACCUUUACGACCACUAUCUUCCACACUGCCACUAUUGCAGUCGUCUCUCCCGGCAACGAGCUCGCGAUCUUCAAAAUGACUCUGCCUGCCGCCACCUCCACAUCCCUUCUCGCCAUGGUCAACGAACAUACCCUCGUCACCAUCUUCUUCUUCGGAAUUCUGCUCCUAGCUGCCAUCAUUGGCUUCUACACUUCCUCUCCUCCUUAUAUGAAGCCCGAAGACCUCGUCCAACUCGAGGCACAAAUCAUCAACAAAGACAUCAUCAUGAAGGAGAUGCGCUUCACUCACUCUGCAUCGCAGGCUCCAGGCUCAGACCGAGGAGGCAAACAGGACGAGGGAAUCCACUCGCUGCGCCUCAAGGUCGAGUGCUCCGGUAACGCCGAGCUCCUGGCCAGGUAUGAGAGCACCCAACAGGUUCUCGAUCUCGAGAAGGAGGCUGGUCACCUUCGUACCGAGAACAAGAGCCUGAAGGGUAAGCUGGACGCCGCAGGAAGGCUCAUUGAGAGCGCUGUCGAGGCCAAUGACAAGGCCAACGCUGCUGAAGAGCGUAUUGCUGCAGUGAGACAGCACGCUCAAGGAGUCAUUACCCAGCACGUUGAGGAGAUCAAGGCUCAGAAUGACAAGGUCAGAAUUGAGCAGUACCGGGUCCAGGACCCGGAGAAGAAGGUGAAGGACCUGAAGGAAGAAGUAUUGAGGGGUGCUUCUCUCCCGAAGGCCUCCAUCUCUAACCCCUUGUCCUCGACUCGUAUCGAGAAGGAGACUCGCCCUCGCCGCGUCCCUCCUUCGGCACCUGGUCCUUGCCCUGCUCCGUUUACCUCCGCUGCCCCUGUCGAUGGACCUGAAGCUACACCCACCACGGUCCCUACUGCUGUCACUCCUGCCCCUCUUCCCACAGUGCCCCGUCGCAAAAAGCCGGCAAACCCCUUUGUGGGUAAGGCACCAACCGGACAAUCCAGGAAAUGA